CACCGAAUGAGCAUUGAUCUUCUUCCAACUCCUGCAAAAUCCCAUUAUGUAUUUAAUUUACGUGAUUUGUCGAAGUGUGUUCAAGGUAUUCUCCAAUGUGAUCCAGGAACUGUACGAGAUCAGAUGCAGAUAUUCAGACUGUUUUGCCAUGAGUGCCAAAGGGUCUUUCAUGAUCGUCUUAUCAACAGUGAAGAUAAGCAGUAUUUCCAUACAAUGAUGUCUGAGAUGGCCAGUAAACACUUUGGAGUUCAGAUUGAGCCAGAAUACUUUGUUACAAAGCCCGUCAUUUUUGGUGAUUUUAUUAAG